AUGACAUCUUUCACUUCAAUCCCAAUCCUUGAUCUAUCUCUGGCGAGGUCAGAAGAUACUAAGCCGGGUUUCCUCAAUGAACUUCGUCAUGCACUAAUCGAGGUCGGCUUCUUGUAUAUCAAGAACACCGGAAUUUCCAGCGAAUUGAUCGAUAGGGUCAAGAAACUCGGGGUCGAGUUCUUUGAUAUCCCUGAAGAUGAAAAACUUCGUCUUGAGAUGAAGAAUUCCCCCCAUUUCUUGGGAUACUCAAGACUUGGGAAUGAAAUGUUUGAAAACCUCUCUUCGAAUACUCACUUCUUGAUGUACACAAAUACCCGCUUCGCCGUCGACUGGCGUGAACAAAUCGACAUUGGCACAGAGCUACCCGCACCAAAACCAGAAGACCCAAGAUAUCGAUAUCUAGUGGGACCGAACAUCUGGGUCAAAGAUGAGCUUCUGCCCGGUUUUAGAGCUACUUACGAACAAUAUAUGAAAGAGAUGGCGGAUAUGAGUCUAUUCUUUACCGGUCUUAUCGCAGAAGCUAUUGGAUUGCCACGGGAUGCAUUCGAUAAGUAUUUUGAAGGUGAGAAGGGUGAUAGACAGCAGCAUAAAUUGAAGAUUGUGAAGUAUCCGGAUUUGGGACAGCUCAAGGGGGGUACCGGGCAAGGCGUCGGACCUCACAAGGACUCGAUGUUAUCGUCCUACUUACUCCAGGUAACACCCCAUAAAGGUCUUCAAGUCCAAAACUCAGAUGGUCUGUGGAUCGAUUGCCCACCCAUCGAUGGAACAUUCGUCGUCGCGAUCGGCCAGGGCAUGGAAGCAAUAACCCAAGGCGUCUGCACCUCCACAACCCACCGCGUGCUCUCUCCAGCACCAGGUUCUGGCGCCAGAUUCUCCAUCCCAUUCUUCCAAGGCGUCUCAUAUGAUGCUUCGUUCGAAGAUAUGAACGUUCCCGAAGCAGUACUUGCCUUGAAGCGGCAGAUCCUCGGAGGAAGUAAGGAUUCGAUUGAAUUUACGUUUAAGAAGGAUAGGUUUAAACACCUUGGGGAGGCGACGCUUUUGAAUAGGAUUAAAAGUCAUCCGGAUGUUGGGGAGAAGUAUUAUCCGGAUUUGUUGGAGAUGAUUAGAGAGCGGGAGGCUAGGGACGCUGAGGAGUUGGAGAGGCAGAGGCAGGCGAGGGAGGAGUUGAAGGGGAGUGCGGGACAGGAGAUCGGGGUUCAUUGA